AGAGCAUCCUGAGCCCCGGCCCUAGCCCCGGCCCCGGCCCGGGCCCCGGCUACCGCAGCACCCGUGGGCCGCUCCCGGGGACCUGCCGCAGACCCAGCGGCUACCUCGCCAGCCCCAGACGCCAGAACAGAACUGAGACGCCAGAACCAUGACGACGCACGUCACCCUGGAAGAUGCCCUGUCCAAUGUGGACCUGUUGGAGGAGCUGCCUCUCCCCGACCAGCAGCCAUGCAUCGAACCCCCGCCGUCUUCUAUCAUGUACCAAGCCAACUUUGACACAAACUUUGAGGACCGGAAUGCCUUCGUGACGGGCAUCGCAAGGUACAUUGAGCAGGCCACAGUGCACUCCAGCAUGAAUGAAAUGUUAGAGGAAGGGCAUGAAUAUGCAGUCAUGCUUUACACCUGGAGAAGCUGUUCGAGGGCCAUCCCCCAGGUGAAAUGUAACGAGCAGCCAAAUCGUGUGGAGAUCUAUGAGAAGACAGUGGAGGUGUUGGAGCCAGAAGUCACCAAACUGAUGAAGUUCAUGUACUUUCAGCGCAAGGCCAUCGAGCGGUUCUGCAGCGAGGUGAAGAGACUGUGCCACACAGAACGGAGGAAGGACUUUGUCUCUGAGGCCUACCUCCUGACCCUGGGCAAGUUUAUCAACAUGUUCGCCGUCCUCGAUGAGCUGAAGAACAUGAAGUGCAGUGUCAAGAAUGACCACUCUGCCUACAAGAGAGCAGCCCAGUUCCUGAGGAAGAUGGCUGAUCCCCAGUCUAUCCAGGAGUCUCAGAACCUCUCCAUGUUCCUGGCAAACCAUAACAGGAUCACACAGUGUCUCCAUCAGCAACUGGAGGUGAUCCCAGGCUAUGAGGAGCUACUGGCUGACAUUGUCAAUAUCUGUGUGGAUUACUAUGAGAAUAAGAUGUACCUAACCCCCAGUGAGAAACAUAUGCUCCUUAAGGUCAUGGGCUUUGGCCUCUACUUGAUGGAUGGAAAUGUCAGUAACAUUUACAAACUGGAUGCCAAGAAGAGAAUCAACCUCAGCAAAAUAGAUAAGUUCUUUAAGCAGCUGCAGGUGGUCCCCUUAUUCGGCGAUAUGCAGAUAGAAUUGGCCAGAUACAUUAAGACCAGUGCUCACUAUGAGGAGAACAAAUCCAAGUGGACAUGCACACAGAGCAGCAUCAGCCCCCAGUACAACAUCUGUGAGCAGAUGGUCCAGAUCCGGGAUGACCACAUCCGCUUCAUCUCCGAGCUCGCUCGCUAUAGCAACAGUGAGGUGGUGACUGGUUCUGGAUUAGACAGCCAGAAGUCCGAUGAAGAGUACAGGGAGCUCUUUGAUCUGGCUUUGCGGGGGCUUCAGCUGCUCUCCAAGUGGAGCGCCCACGUCAUGGAGGUGUACUCCUGGAAGCUGGUUCACCCUACUGACAAGUUCUGCAACAAGGACUGCCCCGGCACAGCCGAGGAGUAUGAGAGAGCAACCCGCUACAACUACACUAGCGAGGAAAAGUUUGCGUUUGUGGAGGUGAUUGCUAUGAUCAAAGGUCUACAGGUGCUCAUGGGCAGAAUGGAGAGCGUCUUUAACCAGGCCAUCAGGAACACCAUCUAUGCUGCCCUGCAGGACUUUGCCCAGGUGACCCUGAGGGAGCCCCUGAGGCAGGCUGUGAGGAAGAAGAAGAAUGUCCUCAUCAGCGUCCUACAGGCUAUUCGGAAAACAAUCUGCGACUGGGAGGGAGGUCGAGAACCACCCAACGACCCUUGCCUGAGAGGGGAAAAGGACCCAAAGGGUGGCUUUGACAUCAAGGUUCCACGGCGAGCUGUUGGGCCCUCUAGCACUCAGCUUUACAUGGUGAGGACCAUGCUGGAGUCCCUCAUCGCAGACAAAAGUGGCUCCAAGAAGACCUUGAGGAGCAGCCUUGAUGGACCAAUUGUUCUUGCCAUUGAGGAGUUCCACAAGCAAUCCUUCUUCUUCACUCAUCUGCUCAACAUCAGUGAAGCCCUGCAGCAAUGCUGUGACCUCUCCCAGCUUUGGUUCCGAGAGUUCUUCCUGGAAUUAACAAUGGGCCGUCGAAUCCAGUUCCCUAUUGAGAUGUCCAUGCCCUGGAUUUUAACAGACCAUAUCCUGGAAACCAAAGAACCUUCCAUGAUGGAGUAUGUGCUGUAUCCUUUGGAUCUCUACAACGACAGUGCAUAUUAUGCCUUGACGAAGUUCAAAAAGCAGUUCCUAUACGAUGAGAUUGAAGCUGAGGUCAAUCUAUGCUUCGAUCAGUUUGUGUAUAAAUUAGCGGAUCAGAUCUUUGCCUACUACAAAGCGAUGGCUGGCAGUGUACUAUUGGAUAAACGUUUUAGAGCAGAAUGCAAGAAUUAUGGAGUGAUUAUUCCAUAUCCACCAUCUAACCGUUAUGAAACUCUACUGAAACAGAGACACGUCCAGCUGCUUGGUAGGUCAAUUGACCUAAACAGGCUCAUUACCCAGCGCAUCUCUGCUGCCAUGUAUAAAUCCUUAGACCAAGCCAUCAGCCGCUUUGAGAGCGAGGACCUGACCUCUAUUGUGGAGCUUGAAUGGCUUUUGGAGAUCAACCGUCUAACCCAUCGGCUACUGUGUAAGCACAUGACCCUGGAUAGCUUUGAUGCCAUGUUCCGGGAAGCCAAUCACAACGUUUCUGCCCCUUAUGGCCGCAUCACCCUCCAUGUGUUCUGGGAGCUGAACUUUGACUUCCUGCCUAACUACUGCUACAAUGGAUCCACUAACCGCUUCGUCCGAACAGCCAUUCCCUUCACCCAGGAACCACAGAGGGACAAACCUGCCAACGUUCAGCCAUACUACCUCUAUGGGUCCAAGCCCCUCAACAUUGCCUACAGCCACAUCUACAGCUCCUACAGGAAUUUCGUGGGGCCACCUCAUUUCAAAACAAUCUGCAGGCUCCUGGGUUAUCAGGGCAUUGCUGUGGUGAUGGAAGAGCUGCUGAAGAUUGUCAAGAGCUUGCUACAAGGAACCAUCCUCCAGUAUGUGAAGACCCUGAUAGAGGUGAUGCCCAAGAUAUGCAGGUUGCCACGGCAUGAAUACGGCUCCCCAGGGAUCUUGGAGUUUUUCCAUCACCAGCUGAAGGACAUCAUCGAAUAUGCAGAACUCAAGACCGAUGUGUUCCAGAGCCUGCGGGAAGUGGGCAAUGCCAUUCUCUUCUGCCUCCUCAUCGAGCAAGCUCUGUCUCAGGAGGAAGUCUGUGAUUUGCUCCAUGCUGCUCCAUUCCAGAACAUUUUGCCUCGAGUCUACAUUAAAGAAGGGGAACGCUUAGAAGUCCGGAUGAAGCGACUGGAAGCAAAGUAUGCCCCUCUUCACCUCGUCCCUCUCAUAGAGCGGCUGGGGACCCCUCAGCAAAUUGCAAUUGCCCGGGAGGGAGAUCUGCUGACCAAGGAGCGACUGUGUUGUGGACUGUCCAUGUUCGAGGUCAUCCUGACACGCAUCCGGAGCUACCUCCAGGAUCCCAUAUGGCGAGGCCCACCCCCUACCAAUGGUGUCAUGCAUGUGGACGAGUGUGUGGAGUUUCACCGUCUCUGGAGUGCCAUGCAGUUUGUAUACUGUAUCCCAGUGGGGACCAACGAAUUUACAGCUGAGCAGUGCUUUGGAGACGGCUUGAACUGGGCUGGCUGCUCGGUCAUCGUCCUCCUCGGGCAGCAGCGACGGUUUGAUCUGUUUGACUUCUGUUACCAUCUGCUGAAGGUGCAGAGGCAGGAUGGGAAGGACGAGAUCAUUAAAAAUGUGCCCUUGAAGAAGAUGGCCGACAGAAUCCGCAAAUACCAGAUCCUAAACAACGAGGUCUUCGCAAUCUUGAACAAAUAUAUGAAGUCAGUAGAGACGGACAGUACCACCGUGGAGCACGUACGCUGCUUCCAGCCACCCAUCCACCAGUCCUUGGCUACCACUUGCUAAGUGUAGAGGUUCCCUAAUAAGAGCCUAUCAGGAGGUGGAAGGGAGGGACCACCUUCAGACUGUGUCAGGGCUGGCUCAGGAAACUGGCGACCUGUGGGCUGGACGUCGAACCAAACGAGAUACCCCAAGCACACCUCGACCCAAGCGAAGAGCUGGGCCUGUGCAUGCUCUUCCAUGACAUCUCCGUGGUUGGUUUCUCCCAUAGCUUAAAAAAAGAAAAAAGAAAAAAAAAGACACACAAAACGGCAGUGCGUGCUUUUUCUUCCUCGUUUUCUUCUGUGUUGAUACAUUGAUGAUUCAUUGUUUGACCCUUUGGCAUCCCCGCAGCCUCCAGCUCUCCCCACGCACGACUAUGGCUGUUCCUUAAGGCCUUCCAUCUUGUGCCCACCUCUGCAAACAUAGCCAUCUGUGACCUCGUGCUGAUAUCUGCAGGCUUCAAGUGGGGAGGAAACUUCCGGUGCCCAUGGUUCUCUGGAGAAGCAAUACUUGGCAGAGCUUGGAACCAAGGGCGAUGGUGCCUGCCUGCCUAGCUAGAGGCACAGGUCUUGGUCAGGCCCCAGCUCGUCAGCAUAACCCACAAUCCUCACCUUGCCCAUUCUCCUCUUUGGUACCCAGCUCCUCCUGCUCCUCUGAACCACAUUGGACUCCAGGGACUUCAGCCCCAAGAGUACUCAAGGACUGAACAGCUGUCCUUCAAGGGCUAUUGGGCAGUGCCCACCCACACGCAGUACAUGAGAUUUCUUGGUGGUGGUUUCCUGCUCAAGAUGGUGCUUGCUCUUGCUUUUUUCUGACUCUGAAAGAAAAUUAGUAAUCCUCCCCACCCCACCCAACUGCUGCCCUCCAGGAGGGAAAUUAAAAUUUCAUUCAUGCCUACAGCACAUGGAAUAGUAUCAGGGUUAGGAAGAAUAGUAAGGGACCCAUAGGACACAGUACUCCUGAAGCAUAUGCGACCUUCCCAUCCCUAAAUAAAAAUUUAAAAAAAAAUUAUUUUAGCCUAGGGGCCUUUCCAGUCUUCUCCAUGGUUUGUUGCCAAGAUAGGAAACUGAGCUGCAGACGCUCAACAGCAAUCCAAGCUUCCUGGGGGCUGGGUACAAAGGACAGCUCUGACCAAAGGAGGAAGCAUGCAUGGUACAGUCAAAAGAGCAGUGACUCCACAGUCAGAUGUCCUGAGUUCAAAUCCCACUUCUGAUGCUUGCUUACUACCUAUGUGACCUUCAGUAAAUCAUUUAGUCUCUUUGGUCAUUAGCUUCUUCAUCUAUAUAAUGAGAUCAGACUAAAUGGCCUCAAAGGUCCUUUCCAGCUCUAAAUCUGUGAUCUCAUGAAAUCUCAGUAAAUAUCAGGGAGGAAUCAUUUCACUUAGGGUCAGAUAUAGUCUGCUGAGGGGAGGAGAAGUGGGGUAGAGAGGGAAGUGGUAAAUGAGCACUUGUUCAGUUAAGUUUAGGGGCAUGGAAUCUCUCUCACAAAUGCUUCCAUUCACUCCCAGCUCCCCACUUAAACUGUUCAAAAAUCCCACCUGCCUAUAGGAUGACAAAUGACUUUCACACAGGAUAUAGGAACCCCUUUUGUAAAUGUCAGACAUGCACUGAGGUAAAUGGCCCAUGGUGGGGGCUCUUUUUCUCUCUCUUCACAGGGUGCUUUGGCCAUGGGCAGCUGACAACAUUUAAAGUGCCUCUCUGGGCAGUCUGUGCCCCACAAGAGAUGGAAUUCAAAGGGGAAACUCUGAAAGAGGGUUCAUGCCAAUCAGCUGGGCCAAUUUUGCUGCAAGGAAAGACGGGAGAAGAGAGACUUGAAGCUAAUUGAAUACAUUCAUGCCCCAAGUAAGGAAAGGGAAGAACAGGAGCCUCCUGUGAGAGAACUCCUAAGAGGCACUACUCUCCACCUGCGUUCUGUAACCCUAUUGCCAGGGCAGUAAACUGUUGGAAAGAGCUGUGGGCAGGAAAGGAAGAAAAGAAGCAGUGUGGUACAAUAGAAAUAACACCGGAUUUAGGGUUGGAGGCCCUAGGUCCAAAUCCUGGUCCUGCCACUUACUACCUGUGUGACUAUGGGCAACACUUAACCUCUCUGGGUCUCCAUCUAUAAAAUGAGGGGGUUGGACCAGAUGGCUUCUGAGGUCCCUUCUAGAUCUGGGAUGCUGUUUUCCCAGGGGCUCAUUGUCAACAGGUAAAAGCUUGGAAUUCUCUCCUGGAGAGAACCAUUCCUUCCUUUUCCAUAUCCAGCCAGAGGUGCUUCCCAAGGGGGUGGAAGUGUCAGAGUCAUUAGCAACCAGAUGCCCAGAUCCUCACCACUUGUUGCUAAUGAAGUUACCAGAAGAGUCGAAAAUCCUAGGUCUGUUAGGUCAAAGGGUAUCGUUUGGGUGGUCAGAUUCUGCCUGGGAAGAGCUCCUGUUGAGCUUGAUUUGCCAUGUUUCAAUCCAGGGUGCCCAGUCGGGGUGGGGUGCUACUCCAGCAGUCUUAUGCCAACCCCAGGGCUGAGUGUGACCCUCUAGCAAAGCUACAUUCUCUGUAUGAGCCCUGCCUCUACGGCCAUUAGAAGGGCUCAGGACACUUUGCCAUUCCACCAUCUUGGAUGGUGGUUUUCAAUCAAAGUGUAGUCCUGGCAGCUCAAAGAAGACACGUAGGUCCUCUUAUAAUCCCAGGUGAAAUGAAUUGAAGCUCUCUAUUAACACUAGCAGACACCUGGCUAUUGCUAAAAGAUGUCCAUCGCAAAUAUCAGUCAAUUCCAGAAUUUGGACUUUAGACCCAGAAAGAGCCAGUGUUGAUGAGUAAUUCAACCCACUCCACAUGGCUGUAGUUGUUUGAGAGUAGGCUAACCAGAUUGCUGAUCUAAUACCCCCCCUCCCACCUCCCCAACCCCCCCCCCAGGGAAACAGAUAACCCUAUCUCAGGUUUGAAGUUGAUUUACUUUAUAAGGCAUAGAUUUACCUGGGAAUGGUUAAUCUUCACAGGCCUGUCCUACAUGAUGUAGAAAGAUGACACCACCUCAAAAAUGCCCCACUUCAAAUUCCUUCUCGAAGUUAACGUUCUUAACUCCUGUGGCAGAAAAAGUCAGAUCUGAAGCCUUUGGAAAUUUGUGAAUUUGUGGUAUUUUCUUUUUUCAUUCUAUUUUCUAGCAGCACUUCUUUAUGGACACUAAACAUAAAAGUCCAAUAUUUCUGUGACCUCCUUCCCUGCUCCCUCCUCCCCACCCCACCUCCAGUAUCAUUGGCCCAGCUUAAUUGAUGUGUGUCCAAGAACCAGAAAAAACUUGCUUUUUAAGAGUUAAAAAAAAUCUGUUUGCAGAAAUUGUCAAUGUACCAUAUUUGUAUUAAGAGUCUUUGGGGUUUUUUUGUACAAUGAAUUUACAUUUAUUUAUGGUGAGUUAUAUUUACGCUAGUGAUAAAAUCAUGGUGUUAAAUUCUUACAUCAUAUUUGCUAUGCAGCCGAAGAAGAUAUUUUGGUUUGUAUUUUGGGGGGUAUUUGUGUUGAGUUGAUAGAUGUUUCCAUCUCCAUUAAAACUGCUUCUGAACUGGUAAAACCAGCA